UUGUUCGUUUCCAAAACACUUUCGAUGAACAUCAUCUCCGUUCUUCUUUACCCUCCAUAUAUACUCACUUCCCUCCAGAGUUAUCAUCAUUCUUCUCCUCUACCAUGCCUACCAGCUCUGCCUCCUCUCCCUCUCCCUGGCCCCUUGACAUCGUUAAUUCUUCUCCCCGCUUCUCCGACUCCAAUUCCUCCAUGCAUCGCGAGCCAUUGGAACCCCGCAGCCCCGACUCUAACCCUAACCCUGAAAUCCAGAAGCCGUUUUCUAUUUCGCGGUCGUCCGAUCCGCAGACGCUGGUUCACCUGUCGUUCUUCAUGGACCAUAGGUUCUUCGCGGCUGGUACGAGCCGCGGGUUCAGAGUCUUCAGCUGCGACCCUUUCUGCGAGCUCUUCAGCCGUGAAUUCAACGGCGGCGGCUUCGCCGCCGUCCAGAUGGACUUCCGAAGAAGCAUCCUGGCCCUUGUAGGCGGUGGACCCCACUCCAAGUUCCCUCUCGACAAGGUCAUUUUCUGGGACGAGCGACAGUCCUACUGGGCCUCUGAGAUCUCUUUCCGCACCGAAGUCCGCUCCAUCCACCUCCGCUACGACCGUAUCGUCGUCGUUUUGGAGCAUAAGAUCUACGUGUAUAAUCUCACGCACUUAAGCUUGGUCCACCAAUUGGAGACCAUCGCAAACCCCGAGGGCCUCUGCGCGGUCUCACAGUUGGACGGGUCGUUAGUCCUUGCCUGCAUCGGGUUGCGCAAGGGCCAGGUUAGAGUCGAGCACUACGCGGCCAAGAGGACUAAGUUCAUCAUGGCGCACGACUCCAAAAUAGCGUGCUUGGAGCUCAGCCAGGAUGGGCUGUUUCUCGCGACGGCAAGCUGUAAGGGGACUCUGGUCCGGAUUUUCAGUACCCUCGAUGCAACACUACUUCAAGAGGUAAGGAGGGGCACAGAUCCAGCAGAUAUCUACAGUUUGGCAUUUUCUUCAACUGCCCAGUGGUUAGCAGUUACAAGUGACAAGGGAACUGUGCAUGUUUUCAAUCUUAAGGUCAAUCCGGGAUUGCAAGGAAAUGACGAACCGCAAAAUGCAUCUGAUGCGGAUGUUGCUGUUACAAAAUUAAGCUCGCCUCUCUCUUUCAUUAAAGGACUGUUGCCUAAGUAUUUUGCCUCACAGCGGUCGUUUGCCCAGUUUCAUUUGCCUGAGCGUACUCAAUGCAUCGCUGGUUUUGGUCACCAAAAGAAUACAAUUGUAGUUGUAGGCAUGGAUGGAAGCUUCUAUCGAUGUCAAUUUGACUCAGAGAAUGGAGGAGAGAUGACAGAGCUGGAAUAUCACAACUUUCUGAAUCCAGAAGAAGCUGCCUCAUGAUACUUAAUUAGUACAUAAAAGAGAUUUUGGGUACAUAAAUAAUCUGUUACCUUCUUUUUUGUCCCUUGGUUUAGGAUACGGCAAUAUUAUUACGACAUUCCCAAAAGUUAUGAAAACAACAUAUUUCUAUCUUGCCGGUAGAGUUUUUCAUUGCAAGUGGGAAUGUCUGAAGAAUAAUACAAUUUUUUUUUUUUAAUCGCAGUUGAGGUCCUGUCUUGUAAUUUGGGAUGAUUCACUCGUUAGAUGUAACUAUCAAGA